AUGGUGACCGGCAUCGGGAUGGCGACCGGGACUGGGGACCAGGACCGGCGCCAGGACCGCCAGCGGAGGAGCGAGGCAGUCCCAGGAGCUGGCGCUGACCGUGCCGCGGCUCGGGCACAGGCUGGGCCCGCCUCUGCCUUCGCAACGGCCGCAAUUUCCCACAGCGAUUCUUUGGCCUACGAUCCAGAAGCUGCAGCUCAUCUGACAGCUGCCAGACGGACAGGGUCCUGCCUGGCCGGGAAAGGGCUACAGGAGAGGAAACCCACAAAUGCUCCGAGCGGACGCUGCGGCGCGAGUCACAGGAGGCAAGGAGCGCGGGGAAAUGCUGUCGGCAAAUGCGCCUUUAUUCAAUGUGGGCAGCUCUCGCUCCUCUCCACGAGCCCUUGGCAGGCCCGGGCCGGAGGGAGCGCGGCCGGCUGGGCUGUGCCCGGCUGGGGACGGGCACGAACUCGUGCUUGCCGUGCUCGGGGAGCUUUUCCUGCCCCGUCCCUGUGCGCUCCGGAGCAGCCGGGCAGGGCAGGCGGGCCGGCAGGAGGACGGAGCAGCAGGCAGCGAGCCGGCCCUCCUUGCGCUUCCUCUUGGCAGGGGACGGAGGAGCCGUGCCCUGCACUGCCCUGCUCCGGAGCGUCCGGAGCUGGGGGAAUCCCACCCGCAGCCGCGGCACUGCCAGCACAGCUCGUGGCAGCAGGGAUGGAGCAGCUCCGGGCCAGCCCUCGCAGCGGGCACGAGCUGGAUUUGUCUGCCAGGCACGGCUCGUCUGCAGAAUUCCCAUCCGUGCCCGUGGAACGGGGCAGGGGGGCGGUGUUUGGGGCCGCUGUGCUGGGCUGCGGGGGCUGGGUAAGCCCGUUCCCUGCCGGGGAGCCCCGGGGGGAGCCGUGGCGGGGCUGA